AUGGCACCAGACAUGGCUGGGACUUUACCUCGCUCCUUUUGGACACAUAUCGUCCCUCAGGUACUUCAUCAAGAACCCGCCGUCCGCCACGCUGCCCUAGCCAUGAGUGCAUUAUAUGAGAAGUAUCGAGGGAAGCGCGAGAUAUCCAAUGCGGACAAAAGAUAUGCAAUCCACCAUUAUAAUGCAGCAUUGCAGCAGAUUGCCCUUUCCAAACCAGAGAAUCUGGACGUGGUCGUCAUCGCCUGCAUGCAGUUUAUAUGCAUCGAGUUCCUGCGCGGCAACCCCAGCGGCGCCAUGGUGCACUACCAGUACGGCAAAGCCCUCCUCCUCACCUACAAUGCCAGUGCAGCCCUGCUGGACAUCUUCCGCCGGCUCAACUUUUUCAUCUUCUUCUUCUCGAAUUUCGCCGGCACCGCACAAACGGACUACCACUGCCCACCUCCUUCCGGGCCUUUCGAAACAAUCGACCAAGCGCAAGAAGCCCUCGGCUGGCUCACAUAUCGCACAAUGAAACUCGCAGCCGGCAUAAUCAUGAACCCGAAGAAAGUAUACAACCCCGAAUACGCCCCGGCCAUCUUCUCGCAGUGCGAAGCAUUGAACCAAGACUUUGAAGACUGGUCUAAAGCGGUUGCCCGCUUAAAGCGCCGACACCCACUUGACGUCCAAAUGGACGCGUACAAGCUCCUUGAGGCAAGGUGGCUCGUCUGCAAGAUAUGGGCACGGGGCAAUACAUCCCCCGAUGCCUUGAAGUCCGAGAAGGAAUUCCGGCGUAUUGUUGAAAUAGCGUGUAAUGUUGCAGGCGGGCGAGAUAAACCGGAGAAGUCACCCUUCGGGUUCCCUGCCCUACUGUACUUUGUGCUCAUGCAUAGUAGGACACUGGAGCUGCGCCUUGUUGCGUUGAACAUUUUCAAAGAGAAGUGCCUUUCGGAAUCGAUGCUGUGGGAUUCCGAAAUGAUCUAUCAGUCGGCUAAGAAGGCCAUUGAAGAAGAUCAUAAUAUUGCGCUAGACCGAGAGUUAGACCGGAGAAUGGAUGGAGGUGGGCCGGUCCUCGAUGAAAAGCCAGGUCAGAUAUACGCGCCCACCCAGUCAUUAUGUUCGUGGGUUCUUGUCGUAAUGGAUGCCUGCGCUGAUAUGCGGCAGCCGAAAAAGAUUACGAACUGA